GAAGCUGGUGUUGCCGUCGCCGUCGCCGCUGCUGCUGUUCCUGAAGCUGACAGCGGUGGCCGCGAGCAUCAAGGACCCCAAGUGAUCUCCUCUCCGUGGCGGAGCACCAAGCGCCCGAUGAUCGACCGCGGCACCGCGCGAACCUUACAGCCUCAGAAGCUAAGAAGCGUGGUGACGGUAAGGGACGACACGCAGCGCUUCUACAGUCAACGCCGCUUGCACAUCGUGCAUAGGAUACAGCCACUAUAUAAUACAGUCAGCGACAAUCAGACAGCCAACGGAUUCUGUAUCCUGGGAGAAAUAAUAAGUGUGCAUGCACUGUAGCAUGAAAACAGCCACGCAUGUAGGUUCGCUAGAAAAUCACUGUUUUGUGUCUUGUCGUCGUCAUUCAACUUUUGUCUUGUGUCUUACGUGUGUCUGAGGGAACGAAACAACGAGGCGGUGGCCAAAGUGGAACUUGCGAACUUACGUGUUAUUAUCAGUGCAGUCAUCGCGGCAACUUGACUACGACAACUGAAUUUUACAUCGUCGUUAGACCGACGACGACGACGACCACAGCAAAAUCAACGACAAGAAACAACUAUCGAUAGGGGCAGAACUUUCUAUGAAAUAAAUCUUAAUAAACGAUCAUUAUUUUUAGUGCGUUAGUACGAAAAAGUUUGCAGAGUGUAAAUUCAACUUCUCAGUCAACUGAGGCUUCGUAUCUGUGACUGUGUAGAGGUGCUUCGAUCUGUGCGCCGGUCGUCUGACUCGGUCUAUUUUGCUCUGCAAGCAGAACUGUUGAGCUGCCAAAGCGGAGGCCGAUCAUUUUCUGAGGCGACCAGCAAUAAUUAGCGUUGUAUUUGUUUGACCACUGAAAAUCGCUGCUAGCAAAAUAGCCGAUAGUUUCCGUUCGGACGUAAAGAUACAAUGCGCCGAUGUUUGUGGCCUCGCCGGCGGAUAUUGUGCCAUCAUGACUAUCAAUACGGAUCGAUAUCGCUGCCGUUACAGAUACGCCCCUAAGUAAUACCUGCUUACGAGACCUACUGUAACAAAAAGCAGAAGAAUCUGUUACGUAUUGCGGUCAGGGAUCAGUGGCGAACGCUUGGUUGACAGUUCCUUCAAUGGUCACAUGGGACAGCUACUGCCCCCUGGAGAUGAUCGGACGAGAUAAUGAGAUUGCUGUUGUUACUGGGAUGGGCAGGAGAGGAUAACGAACGAAGUGCUGCCGCUAAGGCUACAUCUAUCUCGUUUGCAUGAAUCAGCUUAAAAUGGCCGAAUCAAACGGACGCAAAAUUGUACAGGUAGAAGCAACAGCUAGGAAAAGACUACGUAGUCAUUAAGAUGCCACUACAACAGCUGCCCGAGUGGCAUUGGACACAACCGGCGCAUCAUUCUGAUCGACAAGGAUAUACGGAUUCUUCUACGAGUCUGGACGCUGGAGCACAAGAUGUCAAUGUGGCCUCAUUCGCUUGAAUAAAUUCGUGAAGGAAAUCUAUCAAGUUUAUCGCUACGAUGGUGGCGACGCCGGGUGAAAUAGACGCUGUGGAAGUGGCCGUCCCAGCUAUCGACGUCGACAGUCGUGAACGUGGCGGAGACAGUGUAAUGGAAUCAAAAAAAAAGUCUAGAAAAGAACGAAAACGUGAGAAAAAAGAGCGAAGAUUCGCGGAGAAACAGCGAAUUGAGGAGGCACUGGAUCCUGCGAUUGAGUUCGCCGAACCGUCCGAGGAGCAUAAUGAACAGCUUAAACAAAAAUUGCUUCAGGAUUUCCGCGAAUGGGUUAAAUUGCAGCCCCAUUUUGUCAACUGUCGCACAGACGACUCAUUUUUGUUGAGAUUUCUCCGUACACGGAAGUAUUGUCUCCAGUCUGCUCAGGAUACUUUAGAUCGGUAUCUGACUGUUCGUACACAUUACCCUAUAUUUUUCAAGAAUCCUGACCUUUCCGAUAAAGGUUUAAGGGAUAUUCUUUCUCGAGGUUAUCUCUUCCCGCUAAUGGAGAAGGAUCCUGAAGGCAGAACGAUCGUGUUUGGGCUUGCUGGUGCAUUGGACACCUCUCGCCACAAGCCGAAUGACAUCUAUCGGGCAUUUUCUCUAACGUUUGAAGCUCUACUCGAAGACGAAGUUAACCAGCGUAAAGGCUUCACGUAUAUCCUCGACGAAAGCGGUUUCCGACUGCAUCAUCUUGCACACGUCAACCUCCGCGACGUCCAGAGGGUGAUGAUUUCAGGUGAAAAAGGUUACCCUAUGCGGCACAAAUCCAUUCAUUGGGUCAAUGUGCCUCGAUAUAUAUCUGCGCUCACCGAUUUUGUGCUCAGCUUCUUUAGUCCUAAACUGCAAAAAAGGAUGUUCGUACAUACAGACGUCAAUUCACUUCACAAGGAAUUCGACCCGAAAAUUCUUCCACUCGAAUUUGGAGGCUCUGUUCCCUGGAAGAUUAUGUGCGGGUCAGAACAGAAGUUCAACGGGAAUAGGCGCCAUCGCGUUGCGCUACUCACUGCCACUGAAACGUGGCUUGAGGAGCUCGAGCGGCGGUGCCCGUUGAUCAUGUCGAUGGACGAAAUGGGCGUCGACGAGAAGCUUCGCCCUAAAGAGUCCAAAUGUCGUCUAGGCGGUGGAAGUGGAGGUUGGGGUUUCAUGAAGCUGUGGACUUCGCUCACCCGUGUUCUGGUCAUUUCCGCUUCGCCUGAAACUUGUCCGGAUGCUGCUCGGGCCGUGACGAGCCUACGCAACGCCUAAUAGACUUAUGUAUGAAAGAGACCAUAGUGAUGAGGGUAAAAAAUAGUAGAAAUGUUUAUGACUGCCCAACCGCUGAAUGAAAGGAAGGAAGAACGAACGAACGUGAAUGUUUAUUCAGCACGUGUAUGAUUGUUCACAAAUACGCUGUACGCUGAUACGCUCUCUUUGAGCAAGGUCGACCUGCUUCUUCUGCCAACUCUUAGUCAGCGCCUCCCCGGGGCGGCCCGCUACCAGUUUGGCGGCUGAUCUUGUCAAAGGGACAUCUGUAGGCAGAAUUGCAGCUGCACUCCAUAAGCACACUUGUCGCGAGGACUCUGUGGAAAUGGCACUCUUCCGAGUGAAGACUCACUAUUUUCAACGGUCCUCAGUUGUCUACCCGCAGUCGUUCAAUUGCCUGACCGUCGAGUACGCAGCUCCGAGCAAAGAGACAACCAAACGAGCCAGAAGGCAGGUAGGCAGAUUUGCGACAUGUGAACAAAGUAACAACUGUUUAGGGCUACCGACCGGUCCGUCCGAUAUCACCCCUUACCCGCAACAGAAAAUCAGUCAGGGAAGAAUUGAUACUUAGCGUCAUUGAUGUAUCUCUUCACAGUGUUAGCUGUCACUGGACAAUGGUAGACCACAUGACAUUAUGGGUCGCGUUGAAGCGACCACAAGAGGAAGACGCCAUCGAACAGCUGUCACGUGUGGUACGCAACUGGUAUCCGAACAAAGAAAAACAGGCCAAAUGACCAAAAGGGUAUUGCCGCUGUAUUAUCUAUUGAGAGUCGGAUCAUUCACAUAUAACGAUGACGAUAUACCGAUAAUUAAAAUGCUGAUAUCUACCCAAAAACAUAUCUAAUAAGUCGAAACAAAGACACGAUACGAUGUUACAAAUAGCAAUUGUAUUAAAUAUUGGCGAGAUUCGGUUGAUUUCUAUAUGUUACUAGGAAGAGGAUUUAGAUGCGACGUAGUAUGAUUGGCCUUUUUGUAACGAUCCUGUUCCCGAUAGACGCGCGUUCUCAUUCAUUCAUUCAUUCAUGGUAACUGAAGCGUCGGGUGGGUGGCUCACGAACAAAAGGGACAAUGUAGUUGGCCUGUUAUUACGUCGCGAUUUCAAGCAAUCAAUUAAAAUGAACAAACUGUACCGACACAAUCGUAUUUUGUUUCAAGCCUACAUAGGAAAGGUGUUGCUUUUAUAUGGUCUAUCUCUAUAAAAAUGUGGUUGGGUAUAGGUUAGAAACGCGGCGUUGGCUGAGAAUUUUACAUAAAAGCGAGAGUACGGAAAGCCAUGUUAGACUUACGGAACAGAUCAAUCCUAAGAGUCCAACAUUUUUAAAUAAUGCGGUUAAAUAAAUGUCCGAUGUUUAAAUGAAUAAUUGUUGUGUUUUC